UAAAUUUCGACAGAAGACAGUUAUGAUUCUAUCAUCGAGAAUACAUAAACUAUAAAAUUUUGUCAGUUUUUCUUUUGUUGGAACAUAACUAAAACUUACGUUAGUCAUGCUUUAUUUUCAUCAUCACUUUAUUCAAUGGAUUUUCUUUCAUUAACAAAUAAUUCCUUUGGUGAAAUAUCAUCAAUAGAAAAAGAUAAAUUUUUAAUGAAUAUUUAAAAUUUUAAUAAUGAAAAUAUUCAAAUAAAAUAUACAAAUAUUGAAUAUUUAUCUAAAACAAUUUAUUUACUUGGACAACUUCAACCAUUAUCAUUAGAUAAAACAAAACAAAUUCUUAUACAAAUAAUUAUUUAUUUAACAUGUGUUUCAUAUGGUUCACUUAUACAUGUACUUCUUUGGCUUAUAGCUAAUUAUCAAAAAGCUAAUGAAAAUGAAAGACCAUGGAUUGAAAAUAUUAUUCAUAUGAUGAAUAAAAAAAUAUUUAUUCAUAUAGAAUCAAUUAAUUAAAUAAAAUAAAUUUAACAUAGUCGAGAUAUACUUAAAAGUCAUGAAAAAUCUUGAGGAAGUGAAGAUGUUGAGGAUAAUAUUUCAUUAAAUAUGUCCAUUUUAAUUUAAUACUCAUUUUUAUUGAAUAAUCUUUUAUUUUACAGGUACACAAACUGAUUUCACUUUAACAACAUUCUCAUUACACGAUGCUAUAAAACGUCAAUUAUGGUCAGAUUUUAUUGAUAAUCCAUUAUUACCAUAUUAUUCAAUGAUUCUAACUCUAUCAUCAUCAUCAUUAAUAGUUAAUAUAUUAUCUUUGUUAUCAUCUCAAACAUCAACAUCACUUAUUCAAAUAUUAUUUGAUACAUAUAUUAUAAAUGAAUUUCUUGAUUUUGAACAAUCACGUACAUUAUAUAUUUGUUCAAAAUAUGUUCCAAUGAAUUAUUUAAUUUUACGUUUAUUAAUAGAUAUAAAUACAUCAAAUAGAAUUUAUGAAACAGGUCGUGCACUUUAUUUUAUAUUUGAUUUAAUUCUAUUUCGAAGAUGUUCAUCAACAUGUUGUUUAUUAGAACAAGUUUUACCUUAUUUAUUUAAUAUUAAAUCAAAUGAAUAUAUCACUAAUUUUUUAAUCUUUCACAUGGUUAAUUUCUUAGGUAUGUUACAUUGA